AUGGCACAACAAGGUCAACAACCCAACGUCCAAAAUUUAGCUAAUGCUUUUCAAACAUUAGCACAAGAAAUUGCAAACCUUCCCAAUCUGCCCGUAAUUAACAUCGCACAACAACUACAGCAAUUACAACAAAUUAUGAUUAAUCAGGAACAAAGAUCACAGGUGCGAAUUAGUAAUUCAACCAUCCGUGAUGACCAUGCUGACAUUGAACCAUUAUUAACAGACGCAGGAGCC